UAGAAGCUUUCCUAUUAAAGCUGACUGCAGGAAGUUCCUGUGCUGGGUGUUUUUGCAGGAGGUUCAGAGGCUGUUUGAGCUGCUCCAUCGCCUCCCACGGCGCCGGGAUGGGAGUGGGGCAGGCGCUGCUCGUGCUGCUGGCUGCGGGCGCAGCGGUGUCGGCCAGGGACCCGCUGCUGAACGUCUGUAUGGAUGCCAAACACCACAAAACCAAGCCUGGCCCGGAGGGGAUGCUGCAUGACCAGUGUGCUCCCUGGAAGGACAACGCCUGCUGCACAGCCAACACCAGUUCAGAAGCUCACAAGGACAAUUCCAACCUGUACAACUUCAACUGGAACCACUGUGGGGUGAUGCCACCCAAGUGCAAGCGCCACUUCAUCCAGGACACGUGCUUGUAUGAGUGCUCGCCCAACUUGGGGCCCUGGAUCGACCAGGCUGACAGCAGCUGGCGUCGGGAGAGGAUUCUUCAUGUGCCGCUCUGCAAAGAGGACUGUGAGGAGUGGUGGGAGGAUUGCAAGGACUAUGUCACGUGCAAAGAAAACUGGCACAAGGGCUGGAACUGGGCAACAGGAACAAACCGCUGUCCUUGGGGCUCCAUGUGCAGACCCUUCAGCCACGUCUUCCCCCGACCGAAAGACCUGUGUGAGAAAAUCUGGUCCAACUCCUACAAAUACACCACAGAGCACCGGGGCAGCGGACGCUGCAUCCAGAUGUGGUUUGACCCUGCCCAGGGAAACCCCAAUGUGGUUGUGGCGAAGUACUACGCUUGGAAAAAAAGAACUUCCCCGGCUCACACGGAGAACGUGAUUCCUGAGACUGGCAGAGCUGCGAGUGCUUGGCCGUGGUCUGUCCUGGUCCUGCUGCCUCUGGCCCUUGCGCUGGGAGCUGGGGGCUGUGGGUCCCGUGGAUGGGGGUUCCUGUGACUGCUCCUUCAAGGGACGUGGCUUGGACUGCUCCAGCUGCCUUCCAGGAAGGGCUGGCAUGGGUAGCUUAGGUCUGUCUGUUCAAACUGGUCACACACCCCGGUAAGUGCUCAGCAUGAGUUACGCUGCUGGACCUUGAUACCUGCCUCUACUUUCAGCCGCUGACAAAGGCGGUUAUUUCCUUUGCCAUCCUAGGAACAGCAAUACUAUCUCUGCUCUGAUGUACGAGCUCCUUUGCAUCUGUUCCCAGAUGGGUUAUGUGUAUUAUGUUCCAUGGCUGUGUGCUGGGUUACCAGCGCUUGUUCAGGGUCCUUGGCUGAGCUCUGGUGUCUGGACUUUCAGGCUGCUCUGACUCCCUGAAAGGUGGGGGGAUAAUAAAAUACUGCUCUGAAUCA